AUGGACGAGGGCAAUUUCGAUAACAUUCCGACGCUCUCCAUCAUCCCCUACGACAACAACCGCGAGGUUGUCCUCCGCCACGCAGACACCAUUGUUUACCGUGACCCGAGGACGAACCAACUUGUUCCAUUUCAUCGAGACCAAGAUGUAGAACGACGCUCCUCCGACUGUCCAACGUGUGGUCGACGCUGGCAUCGCCCAGGAUCCUCAAGCACCCAGGAUCCCGGGCCAAGUCCAAUGGAAGACCAGCCCAGCUUCAUCACCGAGGGCUACUUUGAAAUGCUGGCACGAAGUCUUCCUGGCUCCAACGAAACCUCUGCACCGCCUUCCCCGAGACGACGCAUCGCCCAACCCCUACGCUCCCGGCUUCACCCUUCCUCGGCCGCUGUGUCUCCACCUCCUGAUGCAGAGUUCAUUGCCAGCGCUCCGGUGCCUGCCAGUCAAGUCCAUGGCAUUUCCGAGACAGCCUUUUCCCCCAACUACUUCGAGAAGUUCUUUGUUGAAGAACGAGAGCUCGGAAGAGGUGGCCGCGGCGUUGUUCUCUUAGUCAAACACGUCCUCGAUGGCGUAACACUCGGUCAUUUCGCUUGCAAACGCGUACCCAUUGGAGAUGACCAUGCAUGGUUAGAGAAGGUCCUUGUCGAGGUCCAGCUUUUGCAGACUUUGUCGCACCAGAAUCUGGUCUCAUACCGCCACGUUUGGCUGGAAGACUUCCAGAUCAGCACGUUUGGCCCAAGCGUACCUUGCGCGUUCAUUCUGCAGCAAUACUGCAACGGAGGAGAUAUGCAGAACUACGUCCUAGGCUCGGCACAAGCACACACUACGACCCAGGAACUAAAAGAACGCAUUCGUCGUAAGUCGAGGGGAGAAUCAGACCUUCCUAGGCGGGCAAAUGAACCCAAAAAGUUACUUUUCGACGAGAUCUACAACUUUUUCAGAGACAUCACCUCCGGAUUGAGACAUCUUCAUCACAACGGCUUCAUUCACCGCGACUUGAAACCGAGCAACUGCCUCUUGCACACAGUCGGUGGCGAAACCAGGGUUCUAGUCAGUGACUUCGGCGAAGUCCAGUACGAAUAUGCCACUCGAAAAUCCACCGGUGCCACAGGGACGAUAUCCUACUGCGCGCCCGAAGUGCUUCGACGCAUCUCUCCCGGUGGCCCGUUCGAGAACUUUACAUCAAAGUCUGACAUCUUCUCAUUGGGUAUGAUCCUGCAUUUCCUCUGCUUUGCAAAUCUUCCCUACAACUCGGCAAAUGUUCUUCAUGAGGAGCGCGAAGACAUAGACGAAUUGAGGGAAGAAAUUACCAAUUGGGGAGGAUUUGACGAUCAGCGAAAACUGCGUCCCGAGCUACCGCCUGCACUGUACUCCUUCCUCAAGCGGCUUCUGUCCCUGAACCCGGACGAACGGCCUAGCGCGGACGAUGUCCUUCAGGUUGUUUCGUCAGGAAGACUCGAUGAUAUUCCUGCAGCGCGUAGGCGGAACUCAAUGGAGCCAGAGGAGUUGACGCCGGCCCGACGGAUCCAAAAGUUGGAUACACCACAGAUGGGAAACUCUCCACAAGGCAGACCAAGUCAUGAUGCCGGUUCCAGGUCGAAACGGUCUUUCUUCCGGCCCGCGAGAUCUGUAUCCCAAGAGCCGAAAAGUUCCGAAGCAAUAAUGAGCGACCACGGGUACACCAGCGGCAGCGAAGCAGACCGUGAACAACACGGACACAGAGCCUCGACGUCGACACGGCGAGACUCUGGCAACCUCAGACUUAAUAGCACUAUGAUUCUGCGGGCUAAACGGGCCUCAUCGUCUCUUCCGUCCUCCCCUUUACAGAAGUCUCCCACCCCGCCCUCGCCGGUCCGGCAACAGCUCCUUCUUGAGCCCCCACAACACCCUGAUCGGCCGGCUCUUUCUGUAUUCCUCGAUCGGAUCUAUAUCAUCGUUAAUGCGCCCAUCACCUCUCCCUCUACCCGUCUCGUCAUACUCGGUGUAAAACUAUUCAGCACUCUCCAACCCUGCCUGUCUCAAGGCAUGAAUGCGGUUGUCGUCUAUCCUAUCAUUGCAAUCGCAUUACUGGAGUUUUCGGUGACAAAUUUACGGAUAUGGAAAGCUUUGGUAGCUAUGCUGGCCCAUUUCUUUGUGCUUUCGUUUGCAUGGAGAACGGACAGGCUGUGUCAGAGCUCCAACGGUGGGUGGAUGCAUUGGGAUGCUGAAUGA